CAUUCGACGUAGACGCACCCAGCGCAGACACUUUCCAUUCGUUUCCGUUCUUUGUGGUGUUCGUGUGGUGCUUGAGUUAUUUUGUUUUUAAGUUAUUUUUAAACAAUUCGUGACCCACCAGAUACACCAAAGAGGUUAAUAAUCAAAACAGGACCUUGCUGAUAACUGGCCAGUCGUCGACUGGGAAGAAAAAUAUACUCAAGUGUCAUUUUAGUCCACAGUUGUUGUCAUUAGUUCAAUAUUUUAUUAUUUACGUAGGUACAAACUAUUUCUUUCGGUGAUUCUAGAAUGGAAGCAAUCAAGGUUACAGAACUGAUCAAGAAUAAAGGGAACUUCAGCUACUCGUUUGAGGUUACCCCUGAUGUAUCCGAAGAAGAUAUUGACAACUUAAAGGUGGAUCCCCUAUUUUAUUCGGUGACUUGGCAUGCAAAAUCUCACCAAUGCAAAGACUUGGACAUAGAUCCUAUCAAAACCGCCAGCCUUUUGAGAAGUAAACAAAAACAAGUUCUAAUGCACUUGUCCUGUGAUAAGAUGAAAUCUGAUUAUUUGACACAAGUUCUAACAUUGUUUCAAGAAAAAAAUAUCUGCAAUUUAUUCGUUGUUUUAGGAGAGGGAUACGAACCUGACAAUUCAGACUUCAAAAGCACUUCUGAAAUGAUAAAAUUUAUAAGGCAGAAAACUGGUCAAUAUUUUUGUAUUGGUAUUGCUGGCUUUCCCGGUUGUCCUGAAGAAAAACUAUUAGAAAUUAAAGAUAAGAUCGCGAUCGGAGCAGAUUUCAUUUUGACACAAGCAUUCUUCGAUGUAGAAGCAUUCAAAUCAUUUAAGGAUCGUUUCACAAGGAUGGGCAUCGAUGCCCCUAUUAUUCCUGGAGUUUUUCCAUUCGAAACGCUUAAACAGCUAGAAGGUUUUAUAAGAAUGUGCAGAAUAAAAGUAUCUGAUGAUUUGCUGGAAGCUGUCAAUGAUAACGAGAAGAUGGAUAAGCCUUGUACCGAAUUAAUCAAGCAAUUAAUAGAAAAUUUGCGCUCUAAAUGCACCACUUCACAUUUCCAUUUCUUUACAAUAAAUAAAUUGGAUAACAUACAAAAAUUAAUUGAAGAAAUAAAUUGAUUUCGCUGAAA